AUGUCAGUAUUUCGAUAUAGAUUGUGGAUGAUUUAAAGUUAAGAACUCGGAGCCUUGAAUGGCUUCUCAAAAAUGUACCAUGAAUGUGAAAGAGCCUCCAUAUAAUAUGGCUAGGUAGAAAAUGCUGAAGUAAUCACUUGGACUAAAUCACAGGUGAACUAAUCCUUUCAAUAAUUAUCGAUCACCUUAAAUAAUUACUACAGAAUAAUACUGAUUAUAAGAAUCGAUGAUUUUGUGCAGCGUCAUCUUGAAUAUAAAAUACAGAAACAGUUGAAAUAUUUUAAAUUGUUGCAAAGAUCAUAGUAUUUUGGAUUUACACUUCUAAAUUAUAUUAGACUCCAUUAAUCUUAUGCUCAGCUUCACUUCUAAAGAAUAUAAUUUUCCCACCAUAUGCAACACUAUCAGACCAAGAGUUGA